GCGUUCCGUCUCCCUACCUAUUUAUUCCCCUCCACCCGUCACCCACUCCUCAUCCUUCUCUUCUACAUCCACUCACAACACAUCCACUUCAACCAACGGGUACAUCAUCACCAACAAACAAACCCAUCAAUACCAUCACACACAGCAGCAGCAAUGGCCCGCACCAAGCAGACCGCCCGUAAGUCCACUGGUGGCAAGGCUCCUCGCAAGCAGCUCGCCUCCAAGGCCGCCCGCAAGAGCGCCCCCUCCACCGGAGGUGUGAAGAAGCCUCACCGCUACAAGCCCGGUACCGUCGCUCUCCGUGAGAUCCGUCGCUACCAGAAGUCCACCGAGCUUCUGAUCCGCAAGCUCCCCUUCCAGCGUCUGGUUCGUGAGAUCGCCCAGGACUUCAAGUCCGAUCUCCGCUUCCAGUCCUCCGCCAUCGGUGCUCUCCAGGAGUCCGUCGAGUCUUACCUCGUCUCCCUCUUCGAGGACACCAACCUGUGCGCCAUCCACGCCAAGCGUGUCACCAUCCAGUCCAAGGACAUUCAGCUCGCCCGCCGCCUCCGCGGUGAGCGCAACUAAGCGACUGUCUUUUGAUUUUCUCUUUUCACAUGGGUGGCUCAUGACUCGCGCGUUUGGGAAUGCUUGACGAAGGGACCGUCUUGGUUUUGGGGGUAAUCUGGCGUUUAACGAUGCGUUCUUCAGAUUAACGCAAGGGUUGUACAUUAAACAAGCAGUAAAGGAUGACUGCAUGCAAUGGCAAAUACAUUAUGAACUACUUUAUCGCA